AUGGCUGAAGAGGAAGUUAAAUCGUCAUUUACAUACACUACUCUUUUUACUCUACAGAAAAAAAUACGCCAUUUAAAAAGCUUAUCUAUAAGGAAUAUCACAUUUAGACGCCCUUGUAUGCAUCCUAUGUCAUCUAAAACGCAAACAUACAAUAAAUGUGAUAAUACAAUAUUUCCCAAGUCGGAAAAUUAUAUUAAGCAAUAUGACCUAAGGGAUCAAGGAAAUGAAUCUUCAUUGGACGUUAAUACUCCAGAAAUAGAACAAGAGUCUUUAUCUUCAUACGAACUAAAACAACAUAAUACAAAAAGUAGCUUAGUAACCCAUGAGGAAUCAUUAUUACGUUUAGCACGCUUAGAAAAUGUAUUAAAAACUUACCUUGUGGAUACUUUUUUUACACUUCAUAUUGAUAAUAUUGAACAUCCUUUAUAUAUUAGUGAAAUUGUUACGAAAACAAUGAAUCCAGAUUUUUUAUCUUUUGAUUUUUCACUAUUAAAAACAACAUUUGGUCGUUUAUCCUCUUUUACAGUAUGUAUUUGGAUAUCAAGUGAAGGGUCUUUUCAAUUAUUAAUGAAACAGCCAAUAAAUCUUCAGUCUUUAAGUUAUAUUGGAGGAAAUUUAUAUUCUUUUAAAUCAACUUUUCCACAAAAUUGCAUUAUUUUAAAAUUUAACGAUGGAUAUUAUUCAUGUAAUAAUUUAACAUACCAACCUUUAUGCUUAUCUAUUAACUUUUCUAAAACUAAAGAAUGUUAUUCAUAUAAUGAUAUUAUGAAAUUAAAUACUUUAGAAAAAUGUAUUUGGGAUACCAAUAAUUCUAAAAAAACAUUAAUAAAAUCUCUCGAAAAAUAUUUAGAUAAAUAUUACAAAAUAUUUAAAAUUCAGAAGCAAAAAAACAAAUCAUCUAAACACUUAUUAGAAUUAGAAAGUACUAUUAUUCUUGAAAAUAAAAAAUUAAAAGAAGCAAAUGAAUAUAAGAAUUCUCUUCAAAAGAGUUUAAAUGCAAAACGAGAAUCUAUGAAAAUAAGUUACCAGAAUCAACAGAAUGUUGCCAAUUAUCUUGAAGAUGCCAAAAGGACUCUUCAAUAUAGAAGAGUGACUUUACGUCAAAUUUUAGAUAAAAUAUUAAUACACCAAUCUCAUAUUGUGACAGAACUACACAAUAUUUUUCCUAUAGAACCCAUUGUUGGUAAACCUCUUGAUUUUACGAUUUGCAAUCUUUUGCUUCCAAACACAAAUUAUCAUAAACAUGAUGAAGAUUGUAUUGCAGCUGCUUUAGGAUAUACAGCACAUUUGAUACAUUUAUUGUCUUUUUAUUUAAGAAUUCCUUUAAGAUAUCCUAUUCGACCUAUGUGUAGUCGUGCUGUUGUUGAAGAUCCUAUUAAUGCUCUACAUGGCUCUAAAACUUUUCCUUUAUGGUCAAAAGGACAUCAUCAUUCUCAAUUUGAUUUCGGUGUAUUUCUUUUAAAUAAAAAUAUAGAACAGCUUAUGAAUUCUCAAUCUCUGAUUGUAACAAAUUUACGACAUACCCUUCCAAAUUGUAAAUGUCUUUUAUUGCAUAUAGCUUCACAUUCGUCUUUAUAA